GCUUGGUAUAAAUACAUGAAUAGGCGUAUUCAAAAUCUUGCACCACUAUCACCAAUGUCUUCUUUAACAACACUACUCUCACUGAUAGUAAUCUCCUUAUCUUUUCUGUCGUUACUAUUCAACAUCUCAACCGCACAGGUUCCUGCCUCCGAAACUUUUAGAUAUGUAAACGAAGGAUCUUUAAGUCAGCUUGACCAAGAUACCGAACUACCUCUCGCCGAAUACACCCCAACAUAUCGUACACUACCGCCACUUGAUCCUAAUACUGGGCCAGACGCUGGACGUUUCCGGCUCUGUUUCUACAAUACCACCCCAAAUGCCUACACGCUUGCUCUCCGCGUGGGGUUCACCCGUCGAUCCACAUUGCGCUGGGUUUGGGAAGCAAACCGAGGUCGCCCAGUUCGUGAAAAUGCCACCUUAUCUUUAGGUACCGAUGGUAACCUGAUCCUGGCUGAAGCUGACGGCCAGGUUGUAUGGCAAACCAACACCGCCAACAAAGGGGUGGUUGGAUUUGCCAUACAAGCUGAUGGUAACGUUGUGCUUCGUGAUUCGAAUGGAAGCUUUGUAUGGCAAAGCUUCGAUUCCCCAACUGACACCCUGUUAGUUGGCCAGUCUUUAAGAGUCAAUGGAGGCCCGUACAAGCUCGUGAGUCGGGAUUCGGUGACUAACAAUGUUGAUGGUGUUUAUAGCCUCGUACUUGAACCUAAAAGGUUGAGUUUGUUUUAUAAAGACAUGCUUUACUGGGCGGCCCCGUUCCCCUUUUUAAGGAGGACAAAUGUGAAUUUGACGGAAGCCAAGUUCAAAAUUGCCGACGCCGAAUAUGAAGGAAACGAUUUUCAUCAACUCGACUUUACUAUUAUAAAUGGUCGACCCAUUGAAACACCGUCUUUGGAUAUGGGGACCCUUCUAUGCAAUAGCACGUUAUCGUAUCUCCGACUCGGUAUCGAUGGGAACCUAAGAGUCUUCACUUUUCGGCCACUUGUGCGUACAAGGAACGCAUGGUUCGAGUUGUAUAGAUUGUUUGAUAGAGAUGUGACCGUACCGAAUUUGAUUAGCGGGUCUGGAACGGUUGUUGAAGACGAGUGCCAAUUACAUUAUCGUUGUGGGAAGUUUGGCCUUUGUGAAAACAGUCAAUGUGUUGGGUGCCCGACCCCAAACGGGGUGGUGGUGUGGAGCAAGGAGUGUGACUCAAAGCCACCUGGUUGUAAUCCGAGUGGGUUUAAGUACUAUGAGCUCAAAGGAGUUGACCAUUUCACGGUUAAGUACACACCCGGAAGCGGCCGGACGUCUAAGAGUAGUUGCGAGAACAGAUGCACAAAGGAUUGCAAGUGCCUCGGGUAUUUCUAUAACACUGAUAGCCAGAGGUGUUGGGUCGUUAACGAGUUGAAUACAUUGACCCGAGUUGGGAACUCAACUCAUUUGGCCUACAUUAAAACACCCAUCUAGUCACUACUACUUUUGUUCAUACCAAAUUAAUAUUUACUGGCAAUAAAGGUGUAUAAGAAAGAUUGAUUUCUGAAUAUCAACCUUUCUUACUUGCUCCGCAUAAUAUACUUAAUAAGGAUAUGAUGAAGAUAUAUGUUUUUUAACAA